CUUCUUCUUCUAUAUUUAUUAUGGCUGAAGAAGAGAAUAAAAUACAGGUUGAAUUCUCUUCACCUGCUCGUGAUGAUGAUCGAUAUUCCAAAUCUAAAGGGUACAAACGACCAACUUCAAAAAAUCAAGGGAUUAUCGCCUAUAGAACUUUAUCUAUUACUGUUUCUGAGAAACAAGUGGAUAAAUCUUCAAAACGAUUAGGAAAGAAAAAAAAGAAAGAUUAUAAUUUAGCUGAAGAUCUGGCGGACGUUAAUUAUCAUAAGGCAACUGUUACUGAAAUCACACAACAAUAUAAUACAAGUUUGGAACAUGGAUUGGACAAUGAACAAUUAAAAACACGAACUGAUCUUUAUGGAAAAAACGCUAUUUCUCCACCACCAAACAAUUGGCCAAGAAAAAUAUUUGGAUAUUUCUUUGGUGGAUUUUGUGGUUUAUUAUGGUUCGCAAGUAUCAUUUGCUGGAUAUCAUGGCAACCACUAGGUAACCCAAAUCCUUCUCCAGUCAAUUUAGCCUUAGCUGUCAUCUUGAUGAUGGUAGUCUUCUUACAAGCUUUCUUUAACGCAUGGCAAGAUUGGUCUACUAGUCAAGUAAUGAACUCAAUUAAUAACAUGUUACCUAGCAAAUGCCAAGUCAUACGUAAUGAAGGUCAAACCUUAACUCUCGAUCCUGUUCAACUGGUACCUGGUGAUAUUGUUCUUCUCAAAAUGGGUGAUAAGAUUCCUGCUGAUAUUCGAUUAGUUCAAGUAUCUGAUGAUCUCAAGUUUGAUCGUUCCAUAUUGACUGGUGAAUCUGAUGCUAUUCCUGGUACUGUUGAUGCUACUGAUGACAAUGUUCUUGAAUCCCAUAAUAUGGCUAUGAUGGGUACUCAUUGUUUGAAUGGUCAAGCAACUGGUGUGGUUAUUUCUAUUGGUGACAAAACUAUGAUGGGCAAGAUUGCUCGACUUUCUUUGGAUGAUCCUGCAAAACGUACUAUUUUACAAACAGAAAUUUUACGUUUUGUUAUUAUUAUUGCUUCUCUUUCCAUCAGUGUUGGUAUUAUUUGUCUGAUCACUUGGGCUGCUUGGCUUCGUGUGGAUUAUCCUGAUUAUUUAUCUGUCUCCAAUGCUUUAAUUGAUGUUAUCUCGGUGAUUGUUGCUUUUGUUCCUGAAGGUAUGCCUGUGGCUGUUACUUUAUGCUUGACUCUUAUCGCCAGACGAAUGCAAAAAGCCAAUGUAUUAUGUAAAGUAUUGACAACAGUAGAAACAUUGGGUAGUGUCAACGUAUUAUGCUCGGACAAAACUGGUACUCUGACUGAAAACAAAAUGUAUGUCUCGGAUAUCUCCAUAUCUGAUCAACAAUAUACCUCACCUGUAUGUCGGGAUUUGGUGGUUAUUGGCAAACCAAAAGAAGAUACUGAUGAACAAGCAACUACUCUUCGCUCUCAUAUCAUUCAAAUGCAAGUCAGCUGUUCUUUAUGUAAUGGUGCAAAAUUCGACAUGUCUGAUGCCGACAAAAAUGCGGAUAGAAUGGCUAUUAUUGGUGAUGCUACUGACGCUGCUAUUCUUCGUUAUGCAACAUCUGUGAACCCCGAACUGACUGUGGAAUCCAUUCGAUCUCAAGCUAAUCCUAUCUUUGAAAUCCCCUUCAAUUCCAAAAACAAAUGGAUGUUGACCAUUCAUCGCUCUUCUACCUCUGGUUUGGCUAAGAUUUUAUCUACUACUGAUAACGAAGUGACAACUUCUGAUUGGAUUCUUUUAUGCAAAGGUGCUCCUGAUGUUCUUUUAGCAAGAUGUGAUCGAGUCUUGGAAGUCGAUGGAACUGAAGUACCUUUGACUGAAAAACGUCGAGAAGCUUUGGUGGCAACACAAACACAAUGGGCAAAUGAUGGAAAACGUGUCUUGAUGGUAGCUCGUCGUGUGAUUCCUGAAUCUCAAAUUCCUUCUGAUUCAAGUUCUUCCUCCUCUCGCUUCUCUACUUGGGCUACUCAAAUGAAUCAAUCCUUAACCGUUGUUGGUCUGAUUGCUAUUGUUGAUCCUCCUCGUCCUGAAAGUGCGGAAACCGUUCAAAUCUGUCGUAAUGCUGGUAUUCGUUUCUAUAUGGUGACUGGUGAUUUCCCUUUGACGGCAGCUGCUAUUGCUCGACAAAUUGGUAUUUUUACUACUUUACAUCCACAUAGCAUCAAAGAUUUGGACCCUAGUAAGGAUAUAAGCACAGUGACACAAUACGUUCCUCAGCAAAACUCAUUUACACCAAUGAUAAGGGAUACAUAUGAAAAUGACAAGGAAAGCACUGGAUCAGCGAGUACAGUUAUGAAAGCACUGAAUGGAAAAUCACUCUUAUUAUCUGGUACUGAUCUGAUUACACUUAAUGACAGCCAAUGGGAACAAGUUUGCCAGUAUGAUGAAAUUGUAUUUGCACGAACAUCACCUGAUCAAAAACUACGUAUUAUCAAGGAAUUUCAAAAACGCGACAAUGUGGUGAGCAUGACAGGCGAUGGUGUGAACGAUUCUCCAGCAUUACGAAUGGCGGAUGUGGGUAUUGCCAUGGGCAAUGGUAGUGAUGUGGCAAUUGAAGCAGCUGAUAUGGUACUAUUGGACAAAUUCUCUAGCAUUGUGGUUGCCAUUGAAAAUGGACGUCUUGUGUUUGACAAUCUAAAAAAGGUGAUUAUUUAUUUACUACCUGCUGGAUCUUGGUCUGAAUUGUGGCCCGUCUUGGUCAAUAUCUUCCUUGGUUCUCCUCAAACAUUAUCCUCUUUCCAAAUGAUUGUGAUCUGUGUUCUGACUGAUUUGAUGCCAUCAUUGGCAAUCAUGAUGGAAAAACCUGAAGCUGGUUUACUGAAUCGAUUACCUCGUCGUCCAAAGAAGGAUCGUUUGGUGAAUGGUCGCCUCUUACUUCAAGCUUAUGGGUUCAUUGGUCUGAUGGAAAUGUUGUCCUCGAUGUUUAUGUUUUACUACUAUUUGGCUCAAAAUGGUCUUCCUCCUGGUCAAGUAUUCCUUUCCUUUAGCGCAUUUAAUAGUCCAGAUGGUUACAUGGGAUAUACUGCUGAUCAAAUGGUUACCUUGUUGAACACAGCUCAAUCCAUUUAUUUUGUGAAUCUGGUAAUUUGUCAAUGGGGCAAUGUUCUUUCAAGUCGUACUCGUCGUCUGUCCCUUCUCCGUACUAAUCCAUUAUGGGGUCCCAAUCAAAAUUUGUAUUUGUUUGCCGCCAUGAUUGGCUCUUUGUCGAUCACUCUGAUUAUUCUGUACGUUCCUGUUUUCAACGUCUAUCUAGGUACUAGUCCCAUUCCUAUUCAAUACUGGUUUAUUCCUUUUGGUUGGGCUGCUAUGAUCAUGACAGCUGAUGAACUUCGAAAGUUGAUGAUGACGAAGUUCCCCUCAAGUAUCUUUGGCUAUCUUGCUUGGUGAUUCCGGUAUUCUCCCUUCAUAUACAUAUUAGUUGCAAGUACUAUCAUAUUAUCUUCUUGUUGUUUAUAUACAUAUCCUAUCUCUAUGUUUGUUCACUAUUUAUAUAAUAAAGAAUUGAUCGUGUAUCUAAUGAUAUCAAUAAAGUUGAAUGGAAGUCAAUAUUGGUUUUAUUUGGUUUGGAUUCAUUUGAGGAACUGCUAAAGUAAGGUAUAUUAAUUUGAUAAAAACAAGAAUCAGAGUAACAAC